AUGGCCAUCGCUACCUUAAAAUUCGCCUGCAAACCCAAUCUUCUUCUUCGAUCCGCUCCCUUCCAAUGCGUACGCAAGGUUGUGCCAAAAUCUCUCCCUACUCUUGAGGUAGAGGAAUGUAGGAGCUCAACUCGUGAACAAGGCAAGGGGACUAGCGAACAACUCAUAUUAGAAAAUAAAAGCAAGGUCCCGGCAUGGAAGAAAUUGGAUUCCAAAGAGCUUGGACUUCGAAAUUCCAUGAUAGCAGUUCCAACCAAAAAGGUUCUGAAUGUGCUUAAGAAAAAGGGGCAUGAUGUAUACCUCGUUGGAGGCUGUGUUCGAGAUCUUAUACUAAAGCAAACACCAAAAGACUUUGAUAUUAUAACUUCAGCGGACCUUAGAGAGGUGAGGAAAACAUUUUCAUGGUGUGAGAUAGUUGGUAAAAGGUUCCCAAUAUGUCAUGUUCAUAUGGAUGGUACCAUUGUUGAGGUUUCAAGUUUUAAUACUGCUAGAUGCAAGUCGAGUAUGUACUUCACUCAUGAUAUUGAGGCGCCUAAUAACUGUGAUAAGGAGGACUAUCUUCUUUGGAGGAAUUCUAUUUUUGUUAACAAAAUUCCUCACUCUUUCAGGCUGAUGUUUGAUCCAUAUGCAAAAAUUGUAUAUGAUUACAUAGGAGGAAUGGAAGAUAUCAUAAAAGCUAAAGUGCGAACAGUGGUUCCUGCAGCAACUUCUUUUCGGGAGGAUUGUGCCCGUAUUUUACGUGCAAUUAGAAUUGCUGCUCGCUUGGGGUUUAGUAUUUCAAGGGAAACGGCUCAAUCUAUUAAAAAUCUUUCAUAUUCAGUGUUAAGACUAGAUAAGGGUAGGCUUCUGAUGGAAAUUAAUUAUAUGCUAGCUUAUGGAUCUGGCGAAGCUUCUUUGAGACUACUAUGGAGAUUUGGACUUCUAGAUAUACUUCUCCCAUUUCAGGCUGCUUAUUUUGUUCGCGGUGGAUUUCGAAGACGGGACAAAAGAAGCAAUUUGCUUUUGUCUUUCUUCUCCAAUGUGGAUAAACUUUUGGCACCAAACCGGCCAUGUCAUAGCAGUUUAUGGGUUUCUGUCCUAGCAUUACAUAAGGCAUUGAGUGAUAGACCAAGGAAUUGCUCAGUCAUUGCUGCAUUUAGCCUGGCACUCCAUAAUGGUGGAAAUUUGUCAGAAGCAAUAGACAUAGCUAGGAGGAUAAACAAACCACAUGAUGGCAGAUUUCAUGAAUUGUUAGAUCCUUCAGUUCUGGAUGAAGAGGAUUUGGAAGCUGAGAUUCUUGAUCUUGCUGAGUCUGUUAGAGGGUCAUUGCUCCAGAUGACAAAUGGGCAUUUGGUGUCUGGGGCUAUGGCGGACUAUCCUCAAGCUCCUCAUUCAGAUCUGGUUCUCAACUUUUUUGACUGUGUGAGAGCAAGUGCUGGUAAGAAAUUUUUGUCAAAGGAAGGUAGGCAAAUUGAUUACGAGUCCUUAGCUCGUGGAGACUUGCUCGAAAUAUUUGAGUAG